CAUGCGUAGGGCUUCGUACAAUAUCGCCCGACGAGGCCUCCAACAGCGUCAGCGUCGCAAGAUCUCGACUGACGUCCUCAGCCCACCCGCUCAAAUAACUACUCUUCCCAAUCGUAUCCGUGUCGCGACAGAGUCAACACCUGGCCAUUUCGCCUCGGUGGGACUCUAUGUGGACGCAGGUUCCCGGUAUGAGACCCCAUCGACCUCGGGUGUGAGCCAUUUCUUGGAUAGGAUGGCAUUUAAGUCUACCAAGUCCAUGUCGGACGAGCAAAUGUCCAUGUCCAUCAAUGCUCUGGGCGGUCAGAUCAUGUGCUCUUCCUCACGCGAGACAAUCAUGUACCAGUCAUCUCACUUCACCCAGGCAACACCACUUGCGCUUUCCCUCAUUGCCGACACGGUUUUGAAUCCGUCUUUCCUUCCUGAAGAGUUGGCAGCGCAACGAGACGCUGCAGAAUACGAGAUCCGAGAGAUCAAUGCCAAACCGGAGAUGAUCCUUCCCGAGAUUCUGCAUGAGGUUGCAUAUGGUGGUCAGACGCUUGGCAACCCACUUCUAUGUCCACCAGAGCGGAUAGACUUGAUUGACAAACCUUUGAUGCGACAAUUUAUCGAGGACUGGUAUAGGCCUGAACGAAUGGUCAUCGCAGGAGCUGGCGUUUCACAUGAGGAGCUUGUCGAACUCGCCGACAAACACUUCUCUUCGUUAAAAUAUACACCCAUAGGGACACCUCAGCCCUCAGGACCUCGGAUGAAUGGUGCUGUUCAGCAGCCGACACAUCUACUCGGCUCCUCUUCACCAUCUUUGAUGAAGUCACUAACUCGCGCGGCGUCGUCAUACCUCUAUCCACCUCUCUCUUCAGCUGGAUCACUAAAUUCCGCAAAUUCAACAUAUACUGGGGGGUACCGCUUCAUUCAUGACCCCAAUGCGGAGUUCAAUCAUAUCUAUAUCGCCUUUGAAGGUGUGGGCAUUCACGACGAAGACGUGUACGAUUUGGCGACUAUGCAAAUUCUACUAGGGGGCGGUGGGAGUUUCUCGGCUGGCGGACCCGGGAAGGGCAUGUAUUCUCGACUAUACACGCACAUCCUCAAUCACCACCCGCAAGUCGAUCACUGCGCUUCAUUCCAUCACAUUUACACGGACUCGUCGCUCUUCGGACUGUUCGCGUCCUUCGUGCCUGCCCCAGCCGGCAGCCGAGGCAACUCACCUACCCAGAUAAUGCCCCAUCUGGUUCAUCAGCUGAGCCUGCUGCUCUAUCGCCCAGUGUCAAUUUCAGAGCUGAAUAGAGCCAAGAACCAGUUGAAAUCCAGUUUGGUCAUGGCUCUUGAGAGCAGGGCAGUCGAAGUCGAAGAUCUUGGGCGUCAGCUUCUCGUGCACAAUCGUAAGGUCCCAGUCAGCGAGAUGUGCGAUAAAAUAGACGAGGUCACUACCGAGUCACUUCAAAAGGUGGCCAAUCGCAUAUUCAGUCCGGAAUUUGGGAACAAGCCUACUGUUGUGACUAUGGGUCAUGAGGAUGUCAAGGAUCCGGGAAGGGUCUUCAAGACCUAUGAUGUUGGAUCUGUUUAGACUCUCCGGUGCACAUAUCUAUAUCUUAUCCUCGUUCAUUAAUCCCACUCUUCACCAAGGCGGUGUCGCUCCAGAAUGUAAUCUGGCCUCUUAUAACACAUCUCACAGCAUACACAUCGGCGAUUACAACAGGGAAGCCAGGAGUGUCCUUACAUAUAACUUAGCCUUUCUUUGUCCAUCUAGAAUCCCGCCGGGUAGCCAAGUAGAUGUGUCCAUCUACCUGAGCUCUGUGCAUCCAUGCGCUCUGUUGCAAGGGCAAUAGAUUCGUAAUCUGUUCCCAGUUCGUGUAUGUUAGAUGUGGGCGUUCUUUAGACUGCAUGUGGUAGACAUACAAGGAAUCGUUCGCCCUC